AUGGGCGAACCAAAGAAAGGAACAAUCAAGUACCGCAACAAAGAAGGCACCCUCGACGCCUCAGCCCUUCUCUGGCGCGCCCUCACAUCCGAAAAGCCAGAAGUCAUGCGCAAAUACAUCACCAAGGACGCCGUCCUCUGCGAACCAGACCAAAAGGUGUACUCACCCCGCACCGAGCCCUCUCUCGACGAGUACAUGGAGGAGGGCUACGAGCCAUGGACGGCAUACAAGAUUCACGAUGAGCCCGAGUUCGUAGAGAUCGACCUCAUGGCCUCGGCGCUGAAUUACCGCGUCACUGCAUGGAAGCUUCAGAAUGGGGAGAUGAAGGCGACGGAGGCUUGGUGUCAUAGUGUCUUUAGACAAGGACCUGGAGGGGAUUGGAAGUGUUGUCUUCAUCAUAUGGCCAAGGUCUAA